GAGAGAGAGAGAGAGAGAGAGAGAAGGUGGAUGGGUCGUCGUCUUCUUCUUUCUUCCCUCUCCCUGUAAAGUGGAUUAAUUGCGUAAUUGCUGUCGACUGCCUUCGCCUUAGAUGCAUACGCAGUGCCUAAUGAAGAACAACUACUCCUUCGCCUAUAUAAGGGCUCUGCCAAUUCCCAAUCUCCCAAGAAUUUGAACUGAAAUUUUUGUUCUCUCCGAUCCUUAUCACUCCAUAAAUCUACCUUACACCUACCCGCGUACCUCUAUCUCUAAUCACCCAUGGCUGCUGCGAGCGUGCAAGAAGAGGUUCUUCCCCCAGCGCUGGACUCCACGUCUCAACCUCCCUCUCUCUUUGAUGGAACUACAAGGUUGUAUAUUUCGUACGCAUGCACAUUUGCACAGCGUGUAUGGAUUACCAGGAAUUAUAAGGAACUGCAAGACAAAAUUAAACUAGUUCCAAUUAACCUUCAAAACAGGCCUGCUUGGUACAAGGAGAAAGUUUACCCUGAAAAUAAGGUACCAUCUUUGGAACACAACAACAAAGUCAUUGGAGAGAGUCUACAUUUGAUCAAGUACAUUGAUAGCAAUUUUGAAGGGCCUGCACUCCUCCCUCACGAUUCUGCUAAAAGAGAGUUUGGCGAAGAGUUGUUAUCCUAUUCAGAUACAUUUAUCAAGACAGUUUUUGGCGCAUUUAAAGGAGACAAAGUGAAUGAAGUUGGUGCUACUUUUGAUUACUUAGAAAAUGCCCUUAGCAAAUUUGAUGAUGGGCCUUUCUUCCUCGGCCAGUUCAGUCUGGUGGAUAUAGCUUAUGUUACAUUCAUCGAAAGCUUUCAAGUCUUCUUGUCGGAUGUGUGGAAGUAUGACAUUACAUCUGGAAGACCUAAAUUGGGUGCUUGGAUUGAGGAGUUGAACAAGAUUGAGGCUUACACGAAAACAAAAGUUGGUCUCAAAGAGGUGGUCGAACACUACAAGAAGCGCUUCUUGGCCCAGCAAUGAAUAUCGUCUCGCCGUCGGUUGUCAAGCCAAAUUUGGUCACCACAAAUAGCAACACACAAUCCAUUCAAUGCAUUUUCAUAAUAAACAAGUGGCUCGAUGCCUCUGUCAUUUAUUUUCUGUAUGUUUCGUUUGUCUUUGGUAUGUGCUCUUCGAGGCAAAUGUGUAUUUGUAUGGUCUUGGUGUGGGAGGGGAACUCUCAUCAGCAUGCUUGUGUAGCUGAUAUAAAUAAAAAAAUUGGAGUCAUUGUGUAGGUCAGUUGGCGUGGACUUUGUUUUAUUGUAUUAUUAAUAAUAGUUUGGAAUUUGGAAAGAGUUAAGGAAAAAAAAAAAGGAAAAUAUAAUUACCACAUUUUUUUA